UAUUUACCUUAAAAUUAUGGACUGCAAUUACGAAAAUUCAAAUGGCAGGGAAAAUAUUUUUAUCGAUAGUAUCGAUAAAAACAUCGACUGGAGUUCUACCGCCAGCUGAGCGGUUAGGUCGCUUGAUUUGUUUAAUUUAUACAUAGUUUAUGAUGUGCGGUAUAAACAAUAAACUUUAAUUAAUAGACGCAACUCGGCUUUAGACAGCGCAGAGCGGCGGCAUCCUCGUAAUUGGCCAAAUAGUAAAUGUGCAAGGAUUACAGAGUUAAUCCGAAGCGCGUGCAGUCACAGGUUUUUUGCAAACUUUUCCUGAUUGCUUAUAAAUUAUUUAAAAUGAGGGUUCUGCGUCGAGGAACAGUGCAGAAAAUCGGAUUAGGAUGCUUUGUGGUCGGUUUGAUGGUUACCUUCUACGUGAUGAACGACGAGCAGGAUGUGGAUAAAAAUGUUAAAAUAGACAUUAUCGAGCGAUCCAUACGGUCGGUGAUGAAUCAGGGUCAGUGCCGGCAUCCACAUCUACCCCUGGACAAUCCGGACAUCAUGAGGUUCUACAAGCCUGUGGAGCGUAUAAACUGUGGCGAAGGCCUGGAUUGGGUGAUGUGCGAGAAAUCCAUAUGCUUUGUGCGCCCGGAGAUUGCGGCCAGUCACGAGGAUGUUACCUGCUCUUACACGGAUAUUAUUCGUAAGUCUGACUACAAGGCACGCUUCGGGAGAACACUGCGCUUGAAGGAGCCCUAUGUCCUGCAGGCCAGUGACUUUGUAAAGGUGGCCUGCCGCUCGAGCAGCGGCGAGAGUUGGUUUGGCAUGGCCCAUGGCAUUCGUGACGCAGUACCUCGUCCCUCGUCCACGAAUUUCUCACCGAAUCUGGCCGUUCUCCCUCCCGAAGCUGUCGCCCAGGCUCAGCAGCAAAUGCAACAGGAAGUGCCUACAGCGUCCUUCUACAACGUCCUUAUGUUUGGCUUUGAUUCGCUAAGCCGGAACGCCUUCAUCCGGAAGCUACCGCGGACGUACGAAUAUCUUACGCAGCAAUUGGGUGCCACUGUCCUUAAGGGCUACAAUAUUGUGGGUGAUGGUACACCGCAGGCUUUAGUGCCGCUGCUAACGGGCUACACCGAACUGGAGCUGCCGGAGACGAGAAAGCGGUUUUCUGGAGCUGGCAGCGUGGACUCCUAUCCCAUGAUAUGGCAGGACUUUGCCCGCCUAGGCUACAUGACCUCGUUCAACGAAGACCUACCCAAUGUUGGCACUUUCACCUAUCGCAUGACCGGCUUCGAGAGUCAGCCUGUAGACCAUUACUUGCGGACCUACUAUAUACAGGCGGAGCAUAUGGCCGCUGAGAGUCUACCCAACUGCAUUGGCCACCAGCCGGACCAUGUCACCAUGCUGGAGUACACCAAAAAUUUCAUGUUGAAGUAUCGGGAUGCGCCGCGCUUUGUCUUCAGCUUCCAUGGUGGGCUCUCUCACGACUCUAUUAACCUGAUAGGUGCUGCCGAUGAUGAUGUUCACGACUGGCUGGUGGCGCUCAAGGAGCGAUCGCUACUCGACGACACCAUUUUGAUCAUGAUGGCCGAUCACGGUAAUCGCUUUGCUGAGGUUCGAGCCACAUUGCAGGGCAAGCAGGAGGAGCGAUUGCCGUUCUUCAGUUUUGCAUUUCCCGAGACGUUUAAGAAAAGAUUUCCGCAGGAGUACAAGAAUUUCCUGGCCAACGAAGAACACCUUACAACGCCAUUUGAUAUACACGCCACACUGCAGCACAUUAUAAAGUUGCAAACCGCCAGCAGUGAUGAUGAUCAGUUGGGUGAUGGCAACGGCAUUAGAGCAGAGCUUGAGCAACGGCAACCAGAGAUACACAUCUCGGAGCUAGCUCGGGGACGCUCCAUGUCGCUUCUUGACCCCAUUCCAAGCAAUCGAUCAUGUGCCGAUGCCUACAUAGAGCCUCAUUGGUGCGCCUGCCUCAACUGGUUGCCGCUGCAGCUAAAUGACACCCAGCACAUGGGGAUCAUUCUCAAGGCCGCCCAGAGCAUUGUAGAUGCCAUCAAUACGGCCACUGUGGAGCAACGUCAGCUCUGUGCGUCUCUGAAGGUACUCCGUGUGAACUGGGCACUACGCCUGCAGCCACAUAAGGAGUUGCUGCAGUUUAAAACGAACAGCGACCGGGACGGCUUUCUGGCGGAUAUGACGGGCCAGACGCUGGUUCGUGAUGAAAUGUACCAGCUGCAGCUCGUCACGGAGCCCGGCGAGGGGCUGUUCGAGGCAAGUGUCAGUUACAGCUUGCACACGUUCAGUGCCACAACAAAACUGACGGACAUAUCCAGAGUCAACAAGUAUGGCAACCAGGCCCGGUGCAUAUACGAUCGGGAUCCGGAAUUACGAAAGUAUUGCUAUUGUCGCGACUAGUCCGCGCGCACAAAAUAUCUAGUCCAAACCAGAGAACUGCUAAGCAAUCAACAACUCGAAUAGUAUUUUGCACAACCUCCAAGCAAAGACCUUAAAAUAACAAGAUGUAUAACAGGUACUGCGUGGGAAAAAUUUGUAUGGUGUUACUAAUUUUCUUAUUAUAAGUUCUUUGCUCUAAUUGUAUGUGUUGUCGUUGUAGCUCUCAAAACUAUUAUUGCCUCUCUUAAGUUCAAAGAUCUGCCUCAGUUUGUAAUAUAUGUAGGUUCCUUUAAUCAACGAUUGUAGUAUUGUUUCAUUAAAAAUACCAUUUGUGUGUAAUAUGAAUAAAAUAUAAGAAAUGGUCAUUCCAAUUUCUUAGCACUUAUUGUGGA